CUCCCCCUUUCCCUCCGCCUGCAUUUCUUCCCCAGGAACGAGAUCUCGCCAUCCUCGCAUUGCGUACAGACAAUGGGGGCCGAGAAGCGCUCCAAAGGCGGCUGUUUCGGCUGGUUCCUCGUGCUCGUCAUCCUCGCGGUGGUGGCGGCCGCCAUCGUCAUCACCGUCAGGAAGAGAUCCGACCAUCACGGCGGCGGCGGCGGCGAGGCGGCUCCCGUCCCCGGGCCGCCCGGCGCCAUCCAGAAGAAGUACGCCGGCGCUCUCAAGAUGGCUACGCAGUUCUUCGACAUCCAGAAAUCUGGUAAACUGGGAGAUAACGCUAUAUCCUGGAGAGGCGAUUCGGCUCUUGAUGAUGGGAGCGAAGCCGACAUAAAUCUUUCUGAAGGAAUGUUCGAUGCCGGUGAUCAUAUGAAGUUUGGUUUCCCAAUGGCUUUUACUGCCACGGUGUUGUCGUGGGCGAUUCUUGAAUACGGGGAUCAGAUGAAUGCCGUAAAUCAGCUGGAUACUGCCAGGGGCUCGCUCAAGUGGAUUACGGACUACCUUAUCAAUGCUCACGCUUCGGACAAUGUGCUCUAUAUUCAGGUCGGUGAUCCUGAUUUAGACCACAAAUGUUGGGACAGGCCUGAAAGUAUGACCGAGAAAAGGCCUCUCACUCAGGUGAACACCUCUGCUCCAGGAACGGACGUUGCAGCUGAAACUGCCGCAGCUAUGGCUUCGGCAUCUCUUGUCUUCAAAACAGUCAACUCCACGUAUUCAAGCACGCUCUUAAAGCAUGCUGAACAGUUGUUCACUUUUGCUGAUAAAUAUCGAGCUUUAUACAGUCUCAGCAUCCCAGAAGUGCAGACAUUCUAUAAUUCGACUGGCUACGGAGAUGAGCUCUUAUGGGCUGCUAGCUGGCUUUAUCAUGCAACCGGGGAUCAGUCACACCUGGAUUAUGUUGUGCAAAAUGGAAAUAAAUAUGCAAACUUUGGAAGUCCAACUUGGUUUUCUUGGGAUAACAAGCUUGCUGGAACCCAGGUUCUGUUGUCCAGGUUGAGCUUUUUUGGUGCUAAUGAUCUGUCAAGUUCCAUAAAGAGUGGCCUUCAGAGUUACAGAAAAACAGCGGAGGCUGUCAUGUGCGGUCUCUUUCCAAAUUCUCCUACAGCUACAACCAGCAGGACAGCUAGUGGUCUUAUAUGGGUCAGUGAAUGGAACUCUUUGCAACACCCUGUCGCUUCUGCCUUCUUAGCAACUAUAUACAGUGAUUACAUGCUCACAUCCCGAACUGCAAAAAUCUCAUGCAGUGGAGAAACCUUCGGGCCUUCAGAUCUUCGGAAAUUUGCCCAAUCUCAGGCUGAUUAUGUCUUAGGUAAUAAUCCUAUCAAAAUGAGCUAUCUGGUGGGUUACGGUGACAAGUACCCGCAAUAUGUGCACCACAGGGGAGCUUCUAUCCCUGCUGAUGCCACAACGGGCUGCAGCGACGGUUUCAAGUGGCUGAACUCAACCGAUCCUAAUCCCAACGUGGCCAUGGGAGGACUCGUCGGCGGGCCUUUCCUGAACGAGACGUACAUUGAUUCCAGGAACAAUUCCAUGCAAGGGGAACCGAGCACUUAUAACAGUGCUCUUAUUGUGGGCUUGCUCUCAGGUCUGGUCACCACAUCGUCAGUUGUCCAAUCCUUCACCUGAGGAGCUCUGAGUAAAUAACUAAUUACAAUCUUGUAUUAUAUGUAGCCUUAUGGGGUACCCUAAUUUUUAGUAGGUCUGGUACUAUUAGUUGUUUCUUGUUACUCGGUUUACCUCAUCAUAGGUUCUUGGCUCUACUACAGUAAGCAUUCAUAUGCGUUAUUUGUAGUCAUUUUCAAAUAUAAUGCCAUGAGCUUUAUCAGCAGAGUCUGGCCAAAAGGAAAGAAAGAAAAAAAGCCAGGAGAAAUGUACUCUGCCUAUGUUGUAAACUUUGUCACAGAAGAGGCAAAGCAAACGUGAUUAUUGUGCAUUCAACUGCUGGUGCAUAGCCAACAGAUAUUGUGAAUGAGAAUUCAUCUGUUUUUCUGCA